AUCCGGGUGGAGGGUCGGAGUCGCUCCUACACGUGCUGGUACUUCUGAAAGUCGACCUGAAAGGACAAUGACAAUACGAGAGAUUGUCAGGUGUAUUUUUUCCUGAUUUUAAGCGAAUAUUCGAACUCUAAGAGGAAAGAGGAAAUGAAAUAGAGGAAUCGAGAGUGAACGUGAAGUGGAAGUGUAGAGUUUUUAAGUGCUUACAUGUUUACUUCAGGGACAGCUAGUACAUUUGGGUUUAAACAAGGGCUUAUUUUAAGGUGAAAUCAUGAAGUUUUAAGUCUUGUUGUUGUUGUAAUACUUUCGGAAAGCGCUGACUAGUGUUUUCCGUGCGCUUUUAAGUCACUUUAUUUACAGUUUAUUCACAGACAGCAGACCGGGAACUUUGUACUCCAUGAGUUACCAAUACUGAGGAGGUUAAACAUGAGCGAGAAUGAAGCGUUAGGAGACACUAAACUAAAAGACGGGGAGACUAAGUUGGACUUGGAGAACCAUGUCAAAGCGGAGGAGGCGGUCAAGUGUCCCGAGGAUCAGAGGCAGCUGGCCGGGCAGGAGCCGCAGCCGACCCGCCUGUACAAACGGCGCUGGAUGAUCGUCCUCCUGUUCAGCUCCUACUCCCUCUGCAACUCCUUCCAGUGGAUCCAGUACGGGAUCAUCAACAACAUCUUCAUGAAGUUCUACAACGUGGACGCCUUCACCAUAGACUGGAUGUCUAUGAUCUACAUGCUGACAUACAUUCCCUUCAUCUUCCCUGUGACCUGGCUGCUGGACAAGAAGGGGCUCCGGGUCAUCGCGCUGGUGGCCACUGCUCUGAACUGCGCCGGGACGUGGAUCAAAGUGGCCAGUGUCAGACCAGACUUGUUCCCCGUGACCUUUCUGGGACAGUUCUCCUGCUCCUGUGCGCAGGUUUUCAUCCUCGGCAUGCCGUCGAGGAUAGCAUCUGUGUGGUUUGGUUCAGAGGAAGUGUCCACCGCCUGCUCCAUUGGAGUCUUUGGGAACCAGUUGGGUAUCGCCAUUGGGUUCCUUGUACCUCCGAUCCUGGUGCCGAAUGUAGACGACAUGGAUGAGCUGGCUCACCACAUCAGCGUUAUGUUCUACAUCACAGCAGGCGUGGCUACCUUACUCUUUAUCCUUGUUGUCUUCGUCUUCCAGGAGCGUCCUAAACUCCCUCCCACUCAGGCCCAGGCCACAGCUCGCAGCAUCCCACCAGAGCAGUACUCCUACACAGCCUCCAUCCUCCGACUGCUCCGCAACAAGCCUUUCAUCCUUCUCAUCAUCACUUACGGUCUGAACGUGGGCUGUUUCUAUGCUGUUGGCACACUGCUGAACCGCAUGAUCAUCGAGCAUUACCCUGGAGAGGAGGUGAAUGCUGGGAGGAUCGGUCUUACUAUAGUCAUCGCUGGAAUGGUCGGUUCCCUCAUCUGUGGCAUUUGGCUGGACAGAACCAAGACCUACAAGCAGACGACCCUUGCGGUGUACUUCAUGUCUCUGGUUGGGAUGAUCGUCUACGCUGCCACCCUCAAUCUGGGACACCUCUGGGUGGUCUUCAUCACUGCUGGAGCCCUCGGGUUCUUCAUGACAGGCUAUUUGCCUCUGGGCUUUGAGUUUGCAGUCGAACUGACGUAUCCAGAGUCAGAGGGAACCUCCUCCGGCCUCCUCAACUGUUCAGCACAGGUGUUCGGCAUCAUUUUCACCAUCUGCCAGGGGAAGAUCAUCGACAGCUUUGGCACACUAGCAGGAAACAUCUUCUUGUGUGUCUUUCUUUUAAUUGGUACAAUAAUGACAGGUCUAAUCAGGUCUGAUCUACGGAGACAAAAUGCAAACCUAUUGGCCAAAGCUGCAGCGGAGGGGCAGAUGUCAGCACAAGACUACGGAGCCACAGCCCUAAUCGCCCAGCCGCAGACCCCUCCUCCUUCUUCUCAAGCCUGAUCAAUAAUCCUUUCUUCUUCCAAAAUAAAUCUCCUCAAAUCUUUGCUCAACAUACAGAUGCACAAAGGGACCUUCUGAUUGCCAGAAUGGGAGCAUAUCAGCACCUACUGUCAUCCACGAGGCCAAGUUAUAGUCGUAUAUACACUAACAAAAAAAAGGCUUGAACAAAUGAGUAUGUCCUUCCUGUUGCAAAAUAACGUACAGGAAUAAAACAAAGCAACAAGGAGGGACUUUAGUCCAUUUUAGAAGACCUUAAUGUUGUGUUAAUUAUUUAUUAAAACUGUGAUGAAAUGUUGAAAAGUUUGAUUAUAAUGCAAAAUUGUCAUAUUUUUACAAAAAAGUCAGCUUUUUUUUAAAAAAAAAAAGUAUUUUUGAAAUUUCAGUGAAUCUGCAAAAAGACAAAUCUGUGGAAUAUUUGUAUGUACAAUUGUACAUGUCAGUAUUGUAAAAGAGCACAACUGAUCAUGAAUUUGCCAAUACAGUGUCUUGUUAUUACUUAAACAGUUGAUCAUAUAUAUGUGCAAAUUUUGGUAGAAGAGUGAUGUUUAAUAAUUUAUACAUGUUAAAUAGUCUCUAAUCUGUGGCAGAGCCUAGUAAUGGGAUUUUAUUUGUAACACUAUUCAUGUUUACUUAUUUAACAUGAAAUAAAAAUGUUUUAUAAAGUUG